AUGUGUCACGACGAGGUUGCAGCUAAUGGCUGGACCAGCACGCCAGCCGAUGCAGGUGCUAUCUUUAGCGACCAGUCAUUCAUCAGCAAAGCAAAGCCUUUGCCUCUUAAUGACAUCAAGUUUCCAUUUGAUGACCCCACCGUCGCGAAGACAUUGAAGUACGUAAAAGAUGCGCUACACCCUGAAACCUUCAACCAUUCAAUGAGAGUCUACUUCUACGGAAUGGCUAUCACCAAACAACAGUUCUCUGAGCAAGCGGCGGCUUUAAACCCGGCGACUUGGGCUUUGACAUGCCUGCUACACGAUAUCGGUACCGCCGAGGCAAACCUCACUGCAACCCGAAUGUCCUUCGACAUCUACGGUGGUAUCAAAGCUCUGUAUAUUCUCCAAGAUCUUGGCGCGAGUAAAGAUCAGGCCGAAGCAGUUGCUGAGGCAAUCAUCCGACACGAGGAUAUGGGAGUCGAUGGAACGAUCACGUACAUUGGUCAACUUAUCCAGCUGGCGACCACUUAUGAUAACACUAGUAUUCAUCCACACGUCAAGAAUUUCGGGGAAAUGAUUCACGAUACAACUCGCACUGAAGUUAGCGAGGCCUAUCCACGCAUCAAAUGGAGCACUUUUUUUCGAGCAUCGUUCGCAAGGAGGAGCAAAUCAAACCUUGGUGCCAUUCAACUCAUCUUGUUGACUUCGCCAAAGAAAUUGAGACGAACACCCUUAUGA